AUGCUCCCGUUCUUGACUCUCAUUUCUCUCGCUUUAGCAUUUGCACACGCCUUGGUGAUCCCUCAAGAAGACAUCGCAGCUCAUGAAAAGAGAACCGUUGCUCCUCUCAAGCUUGACUUUAAGGUCAAGAAGUCUUUCAAUGAGUCCACUCCCAUUUCGGCCAUCAGUACUAAAGCAGAAGCGCUCAACUCACACUUCUCUUUGACUAAGAGAGCAACAAGCGCCACUCUCACAAACAACAGAGACAUCAGCUACUUGCUUGACUUGAAGCUCGGCUCCGACCAACAGCCUAUCACUGUGCUUUUGGACACUGGCUCUUCUGACCUCUGGGUAUACAGCUCUUCUGUGUCCAGCGCCAUUGGUGGGACAUUUAAUACAUCUUCAUCCUUGGAUGAUAAGAAGACUGGAGACGAUUUCUCGAUUAAAUACUUGGAUGGCUCCUAUGCCAAAGGAGAGUAUGUCACCGACGACUUUGCUUUAGAAGACGGCAAGAAGCUCUUGGACGACUUCCAGUUUGCGGUUGUGGACUCUGCUAAGAUCAAAUCUCUGGGAAUCUUGGGUGUCGCUGACAAGAACCAGGAAGAGCUGCAUCCACACUACGACAACUUGCCUUGGGCUUUGCAAGCACAGGGCGUCACCCCAAAAGCAUCGUAUUCGUUGUACUUGGGAUCAGAAGAGUCUGGCAAGGGCUCGAUCAUCUUUGGCGGUAUUGACACCGAGAAGUACGAGGGAGAGUUGACCAAGUACCCGGUUGCGGGAACUCUAGGCUUGGCUCUUGAUGUCAAAAGUGCUGAGAUAGGUGGGAACAACAUCACGUUGAACAAGCAAGUCGUGUUAGAUUCCGGAACUUCGUUGAACUUGUGGCCCAGCGACCUUAUCGACGCAGUUGGUAAGGAGCUUGGGGGAGUCGAACUUUUUGGCUUCUGGUUCGUGCAAUGCGACCAGCCCAAGGACAAAUACUUGACUUUUGAUUUCGGCAAAAACAAAAUCAAGGUGUCUUACCAGGACCUCAUUUGGAAGUCUCAGGGGAAGUGUCUUUUGGGAGUCCAGCCUAGUCAGCAGGAUGUUUAUAUCUUUGGCGACGUUUUCUUGAGAUCCGCCUAUGUCUACUAUGAUCUUUCUCUGAAAGAAAUCUCCAUCGCCCAAGCAAAAGAUAGCGACACCUCAAACAUCAUCAGCGCUUAA